CAGUGUAUCGUUAACGAUGCAAAUCGAUUCAGCGAAUGAAGCAACAAUGGUGAUGGAAGAAGAAGAUCAACGCUUAACUGAAUGGCGUCUUCAUCCUGGCCCUUACCUUGGCGACAUCUCAGCUCUCUGUUUUCUUCAUCUCCCCAAUCACUCUCUUCCUCUUCUUCUAGCUGGUUUGGGUUCGGAAAUUCUGUUAUACGAUUUAGAACUUGGAAACAUAAUGAAAUCGUUUUCCGUUUUCGACGGAGUUCGUGUUCACGGGAUUACUUCUAGUUCUGAAUCUGUAAUUGCUGUGUUUGGAGAAAAAAGAGUUAAACUGUUUACUUCUACUUUUGAAAAUGAUGAUUCUGGGAAGCCACUGUUAACGUUGAUUCAUUCGUUGCCGAAAUUUGGUCACUGGGUUUUGGAUGUUUGCUUCAUCAAGGGUUGUUUACCUUGUUCGAAUGUGGAGAGUGAUUUUCUGGCUAUAGGAUGUAGUGACAAUUCAGUUCACGUAUGGGACAUUUCCAGUUCUAAAACUGUUCUCAAGGUUCAAUCACCAGUACAAUGCCUUCUGUACACAAUGAGAUUAUGGGGUCACAAUCUUGACGUUCUCCGUAUUGCAUCCGGUACAAUAUUUAAUGAGAUUGUUGUUUGGAAAGUGGCCCCUCAACAUGAUAAAUCUUCAAGAACUCCAGAAAACCAUGACCAUCAGGGCUCCAAUUGCAGCUCACUAAAAGACAAUCUGUAUGAGGCUUUUCACAUAUGUAAACUUGUUGGACAUGAAGGUUCAAUCUUCCGAAUAGCAUGGUCGUCUUCUGGAUCAAAACUGGUAUCUGUUUCUGAUGACCGUAGCGCACGUGUCUGGGAUGUUCCUAUUGAAAGGGAAGAUUCAUUGUACCAUGAUCCCAUUGCCAUUGUCUUAUUUGGACAUAAUGCUCGAGUUUGGGACUGCUGUAUUUCUGAUAAUUUUAUUGUCACUGUCAGCGAGGAUUGUACAUGUCGUAUAUGGGGAAUUGAUGGUGAACAGCUGCAAGUCAUUAGGGAGCACAUAGGAAGGGGUAUAUGGAGAUGUCUGUAUGACCCAAAUUUGUCAAUUGUUAUAACUGCUGGAUUUGACUCUGCUAUCAAGGUGCAUAGGCCUCAUGCUUGUCUGUCCAGGGGUUUGGCAGCAGCACAAUUGUCCCCUGAAAGCACAGAGAUAUUUUCCAUUAGCAUCCCUGAUGUGUUGGAGCAUGUUGGAUUGAUGGACAGCAAGAGUGAAUACGUUCGUUGUUUGCGUUUUUCUUCUCAGGAUUCUCUUUACGUCGCUACCAAUCAUGGUUAUCUCUACCAUGCUAAAUUAUGUGAGGCCGGAGGCGCUCAUUGGAAUCAGCUUGUUCAGGUCAGCAAUGGGGCUCCAAUUAUCUGUAUGGAUUUAUUGUCCAAGGACUCAUUUGAACUUGGAUGUGGUGAGGAGGAUUGGAUCGCUGUUGGAGAUGGUAAAGGAAACAUGACAGUUAUUGGAGUUACAAAGAAUGAUUGUACUCCUACAGUUAUAUCGAGCUUUACUUGGCAAGCUGAAGUGGAGAGACAGCUCUUGGGUACUUAUUGGUGCAAAUCUUUGGGAUGCAGGUAUGUCUUUACGGCUAACCCUAGAGGAGGAUUGAAACUCUGGAGGUUGCCUGACCCUUCACAAUCUAAUAGUCAGAUCUCCGUGAGGAAUAACAUUGUCUCACACGCAGCAGAGUUCAUAUCAAGUUAUGGAAUGCGGAUAAUGUGUUUGGAUGCAUGCUUGGAGGAAGAGGUCCUAGCAUGUGGAGAUGUACGUGGUAAUAUGGUUUUAUUUCCUUUGCUAAAGAAUCUGGUGUUGGGCACAUCUGUUGCACAAGAGAUGAAAAUAACCCCAGUAAAUCAUUUUAAAGGAGUUCACGGGAUUUCAAGUGUCUCUAGUGUUGUUGUGACCAAGCUUGUUUACAAUCAAAUCGAGAUACGCUCAACCGGAGCAGAUGGUUGUAUAUGCUAUCUGGAAUAUGAUAGAGAAAUGCAGAAUUUUCAAUUUACGGGGAUGAAACAAGUCAAAGAAUUGACUUUGAUUGAGCAUGUUUCUGUUGAUAACAACUCUGAAGAUGCAUCAUCAAGAAGCUAUGCAGCAGGUUUUGCAUCUGUAGAUUUCAUAGUAUGGAACUUAGCCAAUGAGAAUAAGGUGAUGAAAAUUCCAUGUGGUGGCUGGCGGCGUCCUCAUUCCUAUUUUCUUGGUGACAUACCUGAGAUGAAGAACUGUUUUGCCUUUGUUAAGGAUGAAAUUAUAUAUAUACAUAGACACUGGGUUAAUGAUAACGGUGGGAAGAUAUACCCUAUGAGUUUGCAUAUGCAAUUCCAUGGGAGAGAAAUACAUUCCUUGUGCUUUAUAUAUGAAGAUAUGCUUCUCGGAGAUAAUUAUAAGCAUGCAUUAUUUUCUAAAUCAAGUUGGAUUGCAACUGGAUGUGAAGAUGGGACUGUGAGAUUGACUUGGUACUCUCCAGGUAUUAAGAAUUGGUCCAUGUCAAAAUUGCUUGGUGAGCAUGUUGGAGGAUCAGCUGUACGAUCAAUUUGUUGUGUCUCAAAACUACACACCAUUCCAUCAGUUACAAGCAAUGUACCUGGUGAGAGGAGCGAACUAAUUGCUGCAAAUGAGGACAAAGAUAAUCCAACUUUACUAAUAUCUGUGGGUGCAAAGCGUGUCUUAACUUCUUGGUUACUUAAAAGUAAGAGGGACAACAAAACUGAUUUACUAACUGAUAAUCAGCAUAAUUCAAAAGAAGUUGAUGAUCAAAUUUUGUCAAAUUUGUCCUCUUCAAUGACGUUCCAGUGGCUUUCCACUGACAUGCGAACCAAAUAUUCAACUACACACAGAUAUGCAGAAAAUAAAGUAGUUGGUGUUGCUGAAAAUGGUUCUAAUAUAAAAGUUGGCGCUGAACCUGGAUCACUGGUUUCUGAAGGCGGAAUGAUGAGCUUGGUCAGAGAUCAACAUGAGGAUGACUGGAGAUAUCUUGCAGUCACUGCUUUUCUUGUUAAAUGUGCUGGUUCCAGGAUAUCUGUCUGUUUUGUUGUUGUUGCUUGUUCAGAUGCUACAGUUAUGUUACGGGCUUUAGUUUUGCCCUUUCGCUUAUGGUUUGACAUCGCAUUACUUGUUCCUUUAUUGGCACCUGUUUUGUCACUGCAACACAUCAUCUUUCCCAUUCGUAGGCCUUAUAAAGAUAACAUACAAGUUGGAAAUGGUUACAUUGUGAUUAGUGGAUCUACUGAUGGGAAUGUUACAUUUUGGGAUCUGACUGACAGUGUGGAAGCUUUUAUGCAGAGAGUUUCAGUUUGUGAUGUAGAGAAGCUUUUUGACUGUCAAAAACGACCACGCACGGGGAGAGGGAGUCAGGGUGGUAGACAGUGGAGAUCUUUAAGAAUUGGGUUAUCAAAGAAAAGACAAGAUAACAAUUUGGCGACUUCAAAAGCAAAAAACAAUGAUGAAAGCAUCAAUUCUACUACAAAUGGGACCUCUUCAGUGCCAAAUAAAUCUGAAGACAGCAAUAUGGUUUGUUCUCAAGCUAUGCAUACAGCUUCCCCAGAGUUAGAAACUAAGACUGAUGAUUCAUCAGUGGAAAUAUGUGAAAUACAGUCUCUACGCCUUUUAAAAAAUGUUCACCAAUCUGGUGUCAAUUGUCUACAUGUUUCAGAGAUAAAAGGUGGGCAAAAUAAUGAUACUUGUUUGUACAGCAUAGUUAGUGGGGGUGAUGAUCAAUCAAUUCAUCAUCUUGUGGUUGAGUUAUCACCUAAAACAAUAACUGUAACACAUUUGGUCACUGAACCUGAAUAUAUAAAGGACUCCAAUUUUCUAAAUCAGAGUAGAAACUACAAUAUCAGAUUCUUAAAUUCUGAAAAGUUUCCUUCGGCCCACAGCUCUUCUGUGAAAGGUGUCUGGACGGAUGGAUCUUGGGUGUUUUCGACUGGACUUGAUCAGCGGGUCAGAUGCUGGCAUCUUCAGCAGAAUAAACUAAUAGAACGUGCACACCUAAUAGUUAGUGUGCCGGAGCCAGAAGCAUUAUCUGCUAGGGCUUAUAGCAGGAAUCAUUAUCAAAUUGCUGUUGCUGGAAGAGGGAUGCAAAUAGUGGACUUCUCAGGAUGCUAACAUAACUGAUGACUGGUGUGUGGAUGAAGUGAUUGUUGUUAUUUUAUUCAAUUUUUACAUCAGAAUAAUUUAUGGAGGUGCAAUUUGUUCAACCUCGUAAAGAUGUAUCUAUUCUAGUCCUGCUGCUGGUAUUCACUACUAGUAGUAUUCGCAAAGUUUUCUGUGGUUGAUCCAUGCCUCCGAAAAUUGUAUUGGUAUCAGUGUAGUUGUUCAUGUACAUCUAUUGAUGUUGGGAAUCUGCAAUAUGCAAUCCAAUUUUAUUUAUAUUUAACUGUAACUUGUACUAUAAAUUAUUUUAAAAUUUUAAAAUUAUUUUAAAUUAUUUAUAU